AGCAGCAGCACCACUCUCAGUCUAUCAGCGGGACUCCAGGAACUCACUUCCCCAGCUGCUGACGUCAGCUGGCAGCCUGGGCUGUGCUCGCCGCUUCGGACAUAAGCGCCGAGGAAAAAUGCUGCUCUCCGUGCCGCCAAGGGCAGGAAUCAACCCAUACAACGGCUAUAACAGCAGAAACAGCAAAAAGCAGGCCUAUGUGUCCUCCGGCCACCAAAUGGCUCCCCCCAGUCCCAACACCAACAGUAGUAGCAACAAUAGCGGCGGGGGAGGGGAACAGCUGAGUAAAACGAACCUGUACAUCCGCGGCCUCCAUCCGGGGACCACGGACCAAGACCUUGUCAAGCUCUGCCAACCGUAUGGCAAGAUUGUAUCGACCAAGGCCAUCUUGGACAAAACCACCAACAAAUGUAAAGGGUAUGGCUUUGUGGACUUUGACAGUCCAGCAGCAGCACAGAAAGCUGUCACGGCCCUGAAGACCAGCGGGGUCCAGGCUCAGAUGGCCAAACAACAAGAGCAGGAUCCCACCAACCUCUACAUCUCCAACCUGCCAGUAUCUAUGGAUGAACAAGAGCUGGAGAGCAUGCUCAAGUCCUUCGGCCAGGUCAUCUCCACACGCAUCCUCCGAGAUGCCAACGGGACCAGCCGCGGAGUUGGAUUUGCCAGAAUGGAGUCCACAGAGAAGUGUGAGGCCAUAAUUCAGCAUUUCAAUGGCAAAUUCAUCAAGACUCCACCGGGAGUGCCUGUGCCCACAGAGCCCUUAUUAUGUAAGUUUGCAGACGGAGGUCAAAAGAAGAGGCAGAACCAGGGGAAGUACCUCCAGAAUGGAAGGCCUUGGGCUCGAGACGGAGAUGCGGGAGGAAUGACGCUUGCGUAUGACCCCACAGCCUUACAAAAUGGCUUCUACUCUUCACCCUACAGUCUGGCUCCAAACCGAAUGAUCGCCCAGACUUCCCUCUCACCCUACAUGCAUUCUCCUGUUUCAUCCUACCAGGUACACAGCCCGUCCUGGAUGCACCAUCAGUCAUACCUCAUGCAGCCAGCUGGUACUGUUCUAACCCCAACAAUGGAUCACGCCAUGUCUAUCCAGCCCACUUCCAUGAUGGGACCUCUCACCCAGCAGCUAAGCCACAUGUCGCUUGGCAGCACGGGCACAUAUAUUCCGGCCAACACAUCUAUGCAGGGGACCUACAUCCCCCAGUACACCCCAGUGCCUCCCUCCAGUGUCCCAGAGGAGAACGGUGGUCAACAGCAACAGGUUGCCAUGGAGACUCCCGCAGAACACACGAACUACUCGUACCAACACACCAAGUGAAACUAAGCUCCCGGCAGGGUGGGGCCGAGGGCACGAGGUGAAUCCAACCAAACAGGAUUCAGCUGGAAGAGAACUGUGCUCCAUACCAUCACCAAGCACCCGGACUUGAACAUGGAUAACAAAAGGAACAUAUGUGUGUGUGUGUGUCUUUGUGUGUGUGUGUGCGUGUGAGAAUGUGUGUACGUCUGCAUUUUUUGUUUGUUUGUUUGUUUGUUUGUUUUUAAAGAAAAAAAAGGACAACACUCACAUCAUUGGACUUUUCCUGCUCACAUCCUCAAGAGUUGAUCAACCAAAGGUGGGAAUCUUCUUCACAGAAGCUUUGAUCUAUUUUGAUAACUGAAAAAAAAAAGGAACAUAACAUAACAUAAAAAAAAUUUAAGAGAGGAGGAAAAGACACAGAGCAUUAUUUUUGUGCACGUAAUAUAACAAAUUCUUAUUUUUAAAAAAAAAAGAAAAAGCAUUCUGGACGUUUCAGGGUGAUUCAAGGAAGAGUUGAAACACAAUGUGUCUUUUUUAUUUUUUUGUAAAAUAUGCAAACUUUUAUUUUUAUUUUCCUGAUGUCUGUUGUUUGACGUUCUGUUCGCAGCAGCGGGGGGCAACAAUUUGUACAGAUUUAAAAAAAAAACUUAUAAACACUUUUGCUGGUCUGAUGUGUGGAGUCAUUGUAACUGUGGGAGGCAAACCGUUUAAAGCUACUUCUUCCUGUAACUGCUGCAGAGAUUCUAUUCACGCACAGAUGAUAAUAACAUUGUGUAUAGUUUAGUCAAAUUCAUUUUUUUUUUGUUUUUACUUUGAACCAUUAUUCCGCAAGUGAACAAAUGUUACAAUCAAUUAUUUAUAUUUAUAUUUGAAUUAUAGUUCUAUAUUUUAGAGUUUUUAGAUCAUUGAAACAUACAUUUAUAGAAAAGAAGUUAUUUAAUACUGUAUUCUAUAAAAACAUGAUGAAAUGGAUCUUUGCCCCCCCGACACAUUAAUAAUGAGCUCUAAAGUUUGGCGCAUACAAAUUAUUCAGAAGACGUUUUGAUGAUCCAGUGCUGUGUGCACCAUCAAAAAAUGACAGCUGUUCAUACUAAUAUAUAAUAGUCGUCCUGUGUUGUUAUGAUGUAACUCCAUGUUACAUCCGUGUCCAUGAGAAGUGGUUUUAAGCGGUUUUGUUGUGGCAAACCUUCAGGUAUCUUUAAAACUCGUCCUCCGUUCGGAGGGAUGAAAGCGAACACGCUUUUUACAUCCGAGCAGUUAGAUUACUGAAAGAUUAUGUGUACAAAGAACAAUGCAGUUACUAAAUUAAAGAUAUAGUUUAGCAAAAGCAAAUGAGGGAAAUCAAAUAGAAGACUAACACGAUCCCUGAGAAUAAUUUGUUUGACAGAAAAGGGAGCUGUAAGUCUUUUUUUUUUCAAUGCUGCUGUUGUCACCUGAGUUUGAUUCUCUGUAAGUGAUUUUUUUUUUUUUAGUUUGUAGAAAAUUAAAUGUUUUCUGUUUUUUUUUUCUUUUGUCUGUCACUUGAAAACCUUUUUGAGCUAAUUUGCCUUAUUUUUGAUGAAUUUAUCUUUGAAGUAGAUUUGAUUUUUAGCUGUAGAGUUUAGCUUUUUUAUAGAGUAGAUAUUAGAUUUUUUUCUCUGCGUAGGGAUUGAUGCUGUUUUAUCUUGUGCACAUCAACUUUUUCUCUUGUUUUGUUUUUUCACACAAAUCUCCGUUCCAAACCUUGUGUCGUCUUUCCUUAUAUUGUGUCGGGCCUGUUUUGUAGAAAAAGCCUUUCAGAGCGGAGAGCUGAACCAAACAAUGACUUCAUUUAGCGCUGAUCCAAAAGAUUCAUACUGAUGCUGCAUCAGUGUUGGGGGCUCAAAGAGGCUUCGUACAUACAGUACAAGCCCUGGGUGUGUUUCUGUCUUUCAGUAAGCACAUCGAGGGCUGGAGCUCGCGUCACCACGUACAGUACAUCCAAAUUAUGUUGAAUUUUAAUUUAUACAGAUAUUGAAAACUGUAGAUAUGUAGAUACUAGAAAUCGUGGUUUUACAAAGGACUGCUCACCAGACCAUGGAAGUGCCAUUAAAGACGAUUCUUACAGCCUUUAGUGAGACAGCAAAUCUGAAUGAAUUUCUUGAGUGAUCCAAAAUUCUGCAAAAACUAUUUUUUAGCUAAGCCUUAAUGUUUUUCUCUGAAUGAACUGCCUGAUCUCUCAUAGGAUUGACACUAAGUUGUAUAUAGUACCGAAAAAUGGCAACAGGCUUGUUUGAAUGCCAUCGAGUUAGUCGUUAUGUCAGUCGAGUUAGCUGUAGGUUUUUAUGAGGAGCUUUCCUUCCUGCUCCUCGACCAUCCAGUGAAAAAAAACACAGUGUGAUAACGUCUUUCUCAAGGCUCACAGUUUGAUGAUUCUGUUUUUUUGUCUUUUACAUUUUUUUUUCGUUCACGUCAACUCUCUUUUUUGCUGUGUUUUCCGUUUUCCGCAACCAAAGAUGUUGUAGCCACCCCCGUCUUUUAGCUCUCUGUCACAGACAAACUCCUCUCGUUCGCAGACGAUCAUCUGUUGUACGCAGCUGGAUAUAAAAUGUCCUUUCUUUUCUGGUUUUCUGGUAGAUUCAGAAAGAGUAAUGCACAAAUGGUGGUGAUGUGCAUAAAAUAUUCCACGUUACGACUACAGUUUAAGGUUUUGUGAGAAUGUUUCGGCACCACUGUAUCCGUCAUAAGGACAUGUGUCAAAAUGUUUCAGAUGAUUUUCAGAAUGAAAAUCUCAAUCUGGUUUUGAUUACAUACGUUCAUCAAACUGAGUUUCCCUCAGUAUACGUAAUGGAGUGUUUGAGCGCAUGUAAACAGACUCAUUAUGAACUUUAUUGGUCUCUGCAGACACCCACAAGCUUUUAUGAGAGUGAGAGUUUUUCAGACACGAGAGCUAAUUUUGUAAAUAGUCUUUUUUCCCUCCUUCCACUUCCUCUUUACAUCAUUUUGUUUGUUUCUUCUUGUGUGUUUUUUUUGUUUUGGAUUUUUUUUUUUUUAUGAUUUAUAACCUGUCCAGAUAACACAGUGACUAGCAAGUUUUUCAGAUUCAGUGCACCAUGAAGGAAAAUGUCAUGGAUAUUGUUUAUAUGUUCAGAGAAAUGAUAUUCCAUGUAUUAGCCAUCACUUUUAAUACAAAAACAGGAUUUUGGAACUAUGAAAUGACCACUUGUUACAAUGCAGUGUUUAUUUAUUUUUGUUUUUUUUACAAAUAAAUAAUACAAUACAAAUAAUAUUACAGGAAAAUGAUGCUCCAAAAUUUAGUAGCAUUAUGGAAAUUAGAAAACCUUAAGUUACAUUUAAAUUCUAGGAAUACAAAGAUCUGUGUGCGUUAUAGACAGUGCACAGUAUUUGAAAGGAAAUAAAACUCCUUGCACUUAUUAUUUUUAAUAGACACCGAUUUGAAAAUGCUCUUUUUUGUCCAUCCUAAUGUAGAUUUGAUGGCUUAUUUCAUAGCUUCAAAAUGUUUUGCUGCUAAAACAGGAUUUCCAAACAUGGUUAGAUGGUGCCCCAUCUGGAUUUUCAAAAUGUGCCUUUUUUUUUUAUCUUAAUUUUGUUAAUAAUACAGAUUAUCCCUCAUUUAUUUGAUUUUAAACAAUACCUUCAUAGUACUCAUAUAAAGAAAUUAGUUUACUAUUAUUUUGCUAAUGGACAGUUUAAAUGAUGAUUAUAGACUCAGAAAUGUUGCCUUAAGGUGUCAUUGUUGAAGAUGAAAUCAUAAAACCACGCCUUGUCGCUCCACACUGUAUGAACCAAGUUUGUGUGAAUCCCAGACAUUUUGAAAAUCCCAUGGGCUCAUCUCACUUCCUGCUUGUGAACAGUUUUCUUAUUUAUACAAGAACUCAUUUUGUACAGUUUUGUUAGAGGAAAGAGGUUUUGAUAUUUGCUUAUUUUGCAAAGCCACUUGGCUACUUUUGUCUUCCUGUGCCAGAGUUGCUAAAUUGUCUGUAACUUGUGUUUUUUUUUUAUUGAUUGAGAUAAGAUUUUCCUUCUUUCUUGGUUUUCUCUUUGAAUUUGAAUAUGUCAAUUUUUCUUUUUUUUUUUUUUUAAUAAAAGCCUUGUUU